UUGUUAUGGUCCUAAGGCGAGCCUAUGGAUUUGUAAGGUAUUGGGUAUUACUUGUGAUGCUGAGUCAACUGCAACAAUUAGCUCGAGUCAUUUUUGAGACAUGGUGCAAUAAUGAAAAUUUAGCUCGAGCUAAACAAUCACAAUAGGGCUUUCGAGAGGGUUUAAAUUGUGUCAAGUUAAACAUCAGUGCACACACAUAACACUCAGUCUCUCUCACAGUCAGGUCACUCUUCAUACCUUAAGAGCCUUUACUUUGCCACGAGUUUCUUUCGUUGUUUUUUGUUAGAAGGUCAUUCUACCUUCAGGUGCUAUGUCUAAACGGCGCCGGAAUGCCGCUGCACCUUCAGCACCACAAUAGUAGUAGACCUCUCUCACCGGAAAAUCUACCAAAUCCUCUUUCCACAAUGCAGAAAUCAUCCCUGAGUUGACGAUUGAUCCAGUAAUUCUACAAAUGAACGAAGGCCGCUGGGCUCUACCUUUUUUACUUACACAUGGGAUGAGCUUUCUCAACGAACAAGACCCAUAUGACCAAUGUCCUGUCUAUCCUCGUUUAGUACGCACAUUUUAUCAGACAUUCACAAAAUUACCACAAGCUGGUAAUAAGGAUACGACAACUGAUUUAUAUAUGGUGCGCAUAGGCGGCAAGGAGGUGAAAUUCACUACAAAAGACAUUUGCCUAUGCUUAGGGGUACUACCUGACUAUUCUCACAAGACUGGUUUUGGCCCUCCACGCGAAGUUUCCACUGAAGAGAUGAUCCAAGACAUGUGUGGGGGUUGCCGUACGAAGAAUGGAUUGGGUAGUAGGAGAGCUCACUUACCUCCAGACAUGUGGCUCAUGGAUUCAUUACUUCGCCAUAAUCUUUGUCCUAUUGGUCAUGGGCAGGAGCGUCAUCAACCAUAUCUAUCUAUCUUGUACUACAUCUACAAAGACAUUUGGUUCAAUCUUAGAGAAGUUUACCUUGACAGUAUUCAGAAAAUUCAUAGCAAGGUUGCUAGAACGGCAACAACCGAGAAGGGUAAACUUUAUUUCCCUCGAUUGAUAACCAGAUUACUUGUCCAUUUGGGAGUGUCCCUGCCGACUCCUACUCCAGUCCAAGAAUAUGAGCCAGUCAUGUUUGAGGAGUCACAAUUCAAAUCCAACAUAAUACAUAUGCGAUCAACUCGAGGACCUGAUCCAGUGGCAGAGGAGACUGCCAUACCAGCUGCUACACCCACAAUGCCCCUGUACCAGACAUUCCGCCUUAUGUGAGUGACAUUCUCAUGCGACUCAAGACAUUGGGAGAAGGUCAACAACAGAUUCUCCUGAACCAGCAAGCCAUUCUCGCUCGACUGUAAGAACCUCGGAAUACGAAUAAUCGCCCGAGCAGCGAUUGAGUUUCUUCACCUUCAUCUCUACAUUGUCGGAGUUAGGUUGUACCAUUCCUCCCUUUACAUUAUGUUUUGUCUGCGAUUCUGUUAUGGUUCAUUGCGGACAAUGCACGGUUUAGGUGUGGGGGGGUGGGUAACCUUUUAAAAAAAAAACAAAAAAGAAAAAAAAAAGAUAUUUGUGGGUGUCGUUCUGGUAAACUCUCACGAGACUAUAACUCGUCCACUAGGGACACCUAGGGGUUUAAAGGCUUGUUGCAUACGCUGAAUGCAACUGUGAAUUUUACGAAAGUGAGUUAGGUUUUUUUAAUUUGUUUGAUUUAUUUUCUUUGCUCGAGGACUAGCAAAAACUAGGUUUGGGGGUAUUUGAUAAGCUCAUAUAUUAUUACAUUUUAAUACUUCUUAAACAUGUUUUUGCUGGGAAAUUGGCUUUAAAAAGGACUUAAUACUUUGUUUUUCGUAUUUUCAGCUAUUUGGAACAAUUGGAUGGUUUUUGGUGAAAAACAGCCAAUUUUGAGUAUUUUGAAGAAUCGUCAAUUGGAAAACAAAGUGAAGACCUUGAAGUUUCUUGGAGAAUAUUUUCAGAAAUUUUCGUGGAGCCAAUUAACCCAGAUUUUGAAACAAAGGUUAGCUGAAGUGCGAAAUCACCAAGACUGUGCUGCCUGUGAAGAAUUGGGUCUAGAAGGUUCCUCAGAUUUUUGUUAGAGGCACGGGAGAUAGCUUUGGAGAGCCAGGAUGUUAAGCUUUGAAUUGCAUAUUUUCAGGGAUUUUUCCAAUUAGUGAAACAUGGUCAGAAUUAGUAAGAAAGACAGCUAUUUAGCAAUCUAUUUUAACGUAGGAUGCAGACCUUCCCUCAAUUGUUUGUUAUUGAGGAAACUAAGGUUGACUGAAGAGUUUCCUUAGAAAUUCAGUAACGUGGGAAGCAAAGUAAGGGUUGGAGAAGGAUAUUUAAGGAGGCCUUCAUAGAGACAGAGGACACACAGAGAUUGGGAGGAAUUCUUCGAAGACAGCCGUCAGUUCUACCUUGGUGCAAUCUUAGACUUUUCAUGUUUUUCCUUGAGCUUUCAUCUGUGGUGCUUUCAUCUAUGGUGAUGUGUAACUAAAUAUUUUUGCUAGGACAUGAUGAAGUUUUAAUAUGAUACUCUAGUUGUUAUUG